GCAAUUAAGAACGUCCCUUUCUCCAUUGGAUUAGUUUUGUCGAGCAUAACAAAAUCUACACCGACAAAAUGUCCGGAAACUCUGAUAUUCUUGCCCCUACUGAGGAUGACAUCUCUAAGAUGUUGAUGGCUAAGGUACACAUUGGUACCAAGAAUGUCGAUCACCAGAUGCAGCAGUACGUGUACAAGCGUCGCUCGGAUGGUAUCUUCAUUUUCAACUUGCACAAGGUGUGGGAAAAGCUUAUGCUUGCAGCUCGUGUGCUCGUCACCAUCGAGAACCCCGCAGAUGUGUGUGUUAUCUCUGGACGCGAGUUUGGUCAGCGUGCUAUUCUUAAGUACGCGGCGCACACUGGUGCCACACCAGUUGCCGGUCGCUGGACCCCCGGUACCUUCACCAAUCAGAUCACCCGUGCUUUCAAGGAGCCUCGUAUCUUGGUGGUGACCGAUCCCCGCACUGACUUCCAGGCUAUCAUUGAGUCUUCAUACGUCAACCUGCCCGUUAUCGCUUUCUGCGAUUCUGACUCUCCUUUGAGACACGUUGACAUUGCCAUCCCAUGCAACAACAAAUCCGUCAACUCUAUCGGUCUUAUGUGGUGGUUCCUUGCCCGUGAGGUUCUUCGCCUGCGCGGCACCGUAUCCCGUCAACAGCCUUGGGAGAUCAUGCCCGAUCUAUACUUCUACCGAUCACAAGAGGAUCAGGAGAAGGAGGAUGAAGAGGCUGUUGAGGCUCAACUUAAGGCGAACGCGUUCGAUUCACAACCCGCUUUCGAGAACCAGCCCCCCGCUGAGGAGAUUGCUGAUGAUAACGCCGACUGGGCGUCCAUGAGCAAUGCCGCUGCCGGUCAGGACUGGUCCGCCUCUGUGCCAUCUGCUACGGCUGAUCCCGCUGCCGAGUGGGGAGCCGCCGAUGCCGCCCCUGCUGCUGGUGAGGGAUGGGGAGCUGCUCAGUAAAUCAUGAUAUUUCAGUAAAAAAAUAGAUGAUGGGUGCAUCUAGUGUCUAGUAUCUUGCAAUUUGUUAUCCGAUUCUCGUUCACGUAUAUACUAGACUAGAUGACGAGGUCUAUGUGGACUAGGUAAAAAAUGCCUGUCUGCGCUCAACCAUCUGCCGAGUGAUUGCAUUUAUUUUGUUGCCUAGUGGCGGACAUGUACCCCUUGGUGACGAGAAGUCGUCUUAAGUAGUUCGCUAUAUGAUCUCUCGUUGAAAAAGAAAUUCAUUUUUAACGUUGAAAGGGUACUAUAAUAAAGUACUUUGCGUUGAACUUGUAUAUUCACUCAAAAGCACACGCUGUGUAAUCGUGCCUACAAUAGUUUCUUUCGGCUGACGAAAAGGAAAGAGACAUUCUACACGAACCCGGUUGUCCAUAUAAAAAUGUACCCAGAGCUCA